CUUGUAAGGAGGAGCAAAGACAGUCUGGCCCAGAGGCUUCAACCAGCGCUGCUGUGGCAGCUGAAGCAGGAAGAGAGGGCCAGGAAGGGAUAGCUGUAGCUAAUGAAGAGAGAGAUGUAGGAGAGGAGGAGGACAACAGCCAACAUGUUGCAGUGGGAGAGCAGCUAGGGCAGAAGCAACAGUCUCCACUGACGUCCAGCUGUUGUUGGUGAGUAAAGAAGAGGUUCCCCCUGAGCAGCAGGAGUGGUUCUCCAGUCUGGACCAGGAGGACCCACCAGAACCCCCACACAUGAAAGAGGAGUGGAGCCCGAAACUGGACCAGGAGAACCCACCAGAGCCCCCACACAUUAAAGAGGAGUGGAGCCUCAGUCUGGACCAGGAGGACCCAAAAGAGCCCCAACACAUUAAAGAGGAACAGGAGGAACUCUGGACGAGUCAGGAGGGAGAGCAGCUUCGAGGGCUGGAGGAGGCGGCAAUCAUCAAGUUCACAUUCACUCCUGUUUUUGUGAAGAGUGAAGAAGACGAUGAAGAAAAACCUCAGUCCUCACAGCUUCAUCAAAGACUCACUGAACAGAUGAAAACGGAGGGUGAUGAAGAGGACUGUGGAGGACCAGAACCGGUCAGGAACUUAGAUUCAGAUAAACAUUUACAACCAACUAAUGAUGACAAGACUGAAGACUCUUGUGAACCUGAGACUGAUGACAGUCAUGAUUGGGAGGAGACCAGAGAUCUUCACAAUAGACUCCAAGCAAGAGAGAAACCAUUUAGAUGUUCAGUUUGUGGUAAAAGAUACCCCGCAAAGAACUCCUUAAUGACUCAUAUGAGACUUCAUUCAGAGGGAAAAUGUUUCAGCUGCCCAGUUUGUAAAAAAACAUUUCCAUGGAAAGUAGAGGUUGCGAAGCACAUGAGGGUCCACACAGGGGAGAAACCCUUUAUUUGUUCCGUGUGUGGUAAAAGAUUUGCACAAAAGACUCAUCUGAGACGACACGCAACUGUCCACAAAGGGGAGAAACCCUUCAGUUGUACAGUUUGUGGUAAAGGAUUUGUAGAAAGGGGAAAUCUGAAACAACACUUGUCUGCCCACACAGGAGAGAAACCAUUUAGUUGUUCAGUUUGCUGUAAAGGAUUUGUAGACAAAGGAAAUCUGAGGCGACAUCUGAUAAUCCACACAGGGGAGAAGCCAUUUAGUUGUUCAGUUUGCGGUCAAGGAUUUGCACAAAAGACCCAUCUGAGACGACACUUGACUGUCCACACAGGAGAGAAGCCAUUUUGUUGUUCCAUUUGUGGUAAAGGAUUUGGAGAAAGGGGAAAUCUGAACCAGCACUUGAGUCUCCACACAGGGGAGAAACCAUUUAGUUGUAUAGUUUGUGGUAAGGGAUUUGUACAUCGGGGAAAUCUAAGAAGACACGCGAAAAGCCACACAGCAGAGAAGCCAUUCCGUUGUUCAGUUUGUGGUAAAGAAUUUGUAGAAAAGGGAACUCUAAAUCAACACUUGACUGUCCACACAAGGGAGAAACAAUUUAGAUGUUCCCUUUGUGGGAAAUUAUUUGGAGAAAGGGGACAUCUGAAGCAACACUUGAGAAGUCACACAGGGGAAAAACCAUUUAAUUGUUCAGUUUGUGGCAAAGAAUAUUUAGAUAGGGGAACUCUGAGACGACACUUGAGAAUCCACACAGGGGAGAAGCCAUUCAGUUGCUCAGUUUGUGGCAAAGGAUUUGUAGAAAAAGGAAAUCUAAAACAACACUUGACGGUCCACACAGGGGAGAAACCAUUUAGUUGCAGCAUCUGUGGUAAAAGAUUUACUCGUCAUCAUAUUUUCAAAAAGCACAGAUGUGCUGGUGAGAGCAGGGGAAGUAAAUGAAGCUGCAGAGAUUCUUUUUGAGCCAAUUGCUUCCAGCAGGAUUGAAAUAGAGUUCAAAACUGUGACAGUCUCAAAAAUAAGUCAUGCUUCACCUUUUCAGCUAAGAUGAAGCCAUAUGAUCGUUUUUUGGUAUUACAUGUAUUCAUUGAUUUAGAGUAUUCUCAGAGUAUUUUAUGUCACCUGUACAGCACUAUGGUCAAAAGACAAUGAAAUGAAAUGACUUCACUUGCCUCCCAACAACACAUUUAUUUCUAAUUGAAUGGACUCUCCUGUUUUUUAAUUGAGCUCAUUAUGUGUAAAACAUGAACAGUUGAUUCUUGAACUGCUCAUACUGUAUUUGUGUUAUUUUGGUCAGAAAACAAAUUUAGACAAAGUUUUUUUCACACAAUUGACCCUUCGCUAAGCCCCGCCCCCCCUUAGUUACUGUUGCUAAGUCCAACAAACUUGGCAUUACCACUGUCUAUUAAUGCACUCCCCGGAGAAACAUUGUCAAGUUUGUUGGAAAAAGCGAUCUCAGAAAGAAGAAGACAAUUUUUCAGUUGCAUGAUAGAUUUCAAGGUUGUAUUCAGGCUGUCAGACUGACUGAAACGGACUAAAGCCUACUGAUCACACAGUACAAGUGAACCACUGCAUCCCCGACGAUUGAGACAAAAGACAACGAUAUGAACGAACAACAGUGUUACUCUAAAGCUGGGUAGGACUCUAUUCAUUAUUACAAUCAUUAAAAAGCAGGA